CGAGAAGGCAACCGAAUCGUCAUGGUGCAAGUCGUGGUAGUUCCCGUCCUGAAUGACAACUAUUCGUACCUUCUGAUCGAUGAGGCUUCCAAGACCUGUGCCGCAAUUGACCCCGUCGAGCCUGAGAAAGUCCUGCGCGCCGCAGAUGAGAACAACGUGACUAUCACGCUCGUGCUCACCACACACUCGCACGCUGACCAUGAUGGCGGCAACCCAAAGAUGAAGCAGCUCUUACCGGAUGUCGUGGUAGUGGGAGGACGAAACGACAACGUCCGUGGUGUGACCCGCGAAGUCGACGAUCAAGAAGUCAUCCGCUUCGGUGGAUUACAAGUGCGCGUGCUCUCGACUCCGUGCCACACUCCUGGACAUGUGUUAUACCUAUGCGACGACGCUCUCUUCACGGGAGAUACGUUGUUCAUUGCCGGUUGUGGGCGAUUCAACGAUGGAACCGCGGCGCAAAUGCAUUACGCACUCAAUCAAGUCAUCGCCAACCUGCCCGAACACACCAAGGUGUAUUGCGGCCACGAAUACACGACCAACAACCUCAAAUUUGCCGCCGCGGUCGAGCCCGAGAACCCAGCGAUCCAAGCCAAACUCCACUGGUCCCAGUUCACACCGUCCACCAUUCCGUCGACCAUCGCGUCCGAGCUUGACACGAACCCGUUCAUGCGUGUUGAUCACCCAGCCGUGCAAAAGUACGCCGGAAGCGCCGACCCCGUCACUGUCAUGGCGGUGCUACGCGAAAAAAAGAACUCGUUUGGAUUGGGCGCUGGCCCUGCCAAAUAGUAAAACCCUUUACAGUAUGAUGCUCAUCAUCUAAAAACUUCCAACCGGCCAAAUCGAAGAGUGGAGGUUUUAUUAUUUAACGUACAAUUAAUGUAGUUAAACCCAAAAACCAAAUACGUUAACUACCGAUUUCAUGCGUUUUGUCACUGCAAGUGGGAGGUUAAAGGUCCAACUGCCUCCGGAUAUUAUAUACGGAUAAGAGCCACAUACAAAAAUUAAGAUACAUCUCAGCGGCCACAUAUGGCCAAAUAUCCAUGCAC